AUGGAUGAGGUACCUGUGUACCGUUCUGAGUCGGAGGAGGAAGAAGAGGGAGCUGGUCCAUCGGUACCGGCGAAGAAGAUUCGCCGUAACAAAAGUUGGGUGUUGAUCAAACGGUGCUAUAAUGUAAAAGAAGCAGAGAAAUUUGUGAGUAAUGAAAAGACUUGGUCAAGAAAUUAUAUUCGGGACAGUGAUGAAGGCCAAAAACGUUUCUAUCGUUGUAACAAGGUAAAAUCCAAGGGGCCACAGUCUGAUUGCGCGUUGUAUUUAUUGUUUGUGAACGACUGUAAUGAUAUUCUUAUUUUUAAGACCACUUCAGAGCACAACCAUGACCAGAUUGGUACGCGAAGUGAGUACGGAAUUCCGGAAAACGUAAAAAGAGAAAUAAAUAAGCUGUUUGAUUUACGCCUAAAGCCAAAAGCUAUAUUAGAGGCUCUAAACAACAUGACAGGGAUAAAGGUGAUGAUGAAAAUGAAGUUUUCGUGUUCAGCUAUCACGUGA